AUGGCACCCGACGCAUUAGUAGCUGCUAGAAUGAAUUUAAAACCUGGUGGACAGCAGCCAAAGAUGAGAAACACUGUAUGGAAUGGAGAAACCCAAAUGAUGGUGUUCCCAGAGGAUUAUGAAGAUGACCCUACUUUACAAUCAGAACCGAAAGGAAUGAAACAAAUUCUUAAAGAGAGAGGCCUUUGGAAAGAUGGAAUGUUAGCAGACUGUAAA